AUGGCGAACACACGUCCCAACUUUCUCGUCAUUGUCGCCGACGACCUCGGCUUUAGUGACUGCGGUUGCUUUGGAUCCGAGAUCCAGACUCCCAACAUCGACGCACUGGCAGCAGAAGCCAACGGUAUCCGCCUCACAAACUAUUAUGUAGCGGCUGCUUGCUCUCCCACGCGUUCAAUGCUGAUGACCGGCACGGAUCAUCAUAUUGCGGGAUUGGGAGAGCUUGCAGAGUUUACGCGGAGCUCUGUUGGACAGCCGGGACAUGAGGGAUACUUGAAUGAGCGUGUGGUUGCUCUUCCUGAGCUCCUCAAGGAUGGCGGCUAUCACACAAUCAUGGCUGGAAAGUGGCAUCUCGGGUUGAAACCAGAGCAUCAUCCAAUUGCUCGCGGGUUCGUUCGCUCCUUUGCCCUGCUCCCAGGCUGUGCGAAUCACUACGGUUACGAGCCCCAGUACGACGACCCUGACAACGAGCCGCACAAGUUCUUCGAGACGGCCACCCGAGCGCUGCAUGUCGAGGACGAUAAAUUCGUUGAGAAGUUGCCAGACGGAUUUUACUCAUCCGAUGCCUAUGGCAACAAGAUAAUUGAAUACCUCUCAUCGCGGACCAAAGAAGAGAAGCAAGAGCCAUUCUUUGCAUACCUGCCAUUUUCUGCGCCUCAUUGGCCUCUUCAGGCUCCAAAGGAGGUAGUCGACAAGUACAAGGGCCAGUAUUCGGAUGGACCGCAGGAUUUGAGACUCAAACGCCUCCAACGAUUAAAGGACAUGGGUCUCGUAGACCAAGACGUCCAACCUCAUCCUGUGGUUCAAUGCCCAGGCGAACCCGGUCAGUGGGAAGACAUGCCCCAGGACGUGCAGGAGAAAUCAGCCCGUGCAAUGGAAGUCUACGCCGGGAUGGUUGAUCGAAUGGACUGGAACAUCGGUAAGGUCCUUGAAUAUCUGAGAUCUACUGGAGAGUAUGACAACACCUUCAUUCUCUUCAUGUCCGACAAUGGAGCUGAGGGUGCCUCGUAUGAGGCUCUACCAAUCCUCGGCGAUGAGGUUGUUGCUCAUAUCGCCAAGUACUACAACAAUGAAUUGGGCAACAUCGGCCGGGGUGAUUCCUUUGUGUGGUACGGAUCUCAGUGGGCACAGGCUGCCACCGCUCCAUCUCGGCUAUUUAAGCAGUACUCUACUGAGGGAGGCUGCCGAGUGCCGCUGGUGAUCCGGCCCCCACCUAAGCGAUCAGACACAGCUUCAGCCGUCACCAACGCCUACUGCACAGUCAUGGACAUCGUUCCCACAUUCCUCGAGCUCGCUGGCCUGAACCAUCCGGGCAUGAGUUAUAAGGGGAGGGAGAUUGCGCCCCUUCGAGGCAAGAGCUGGCAGCAUUUCAUCUCAGCCCUUGAGUCGAAAGCCCCGAGCUCUACUGACGAGGACUUUAUGAUUCACGGGGAAGAAUAUGUAACAGGAUUUGAGAUCAGUGGAUCAGGAGCCCUUCGAAAGGGCCACUACAAACUAGUCUUUGUACCAGCUCCACGCGGACCCCAAAAGUGGGAGCUCUUCAACGUCAAGGAGGACCCAGGUGAGACAAAGGACUUGAGGGAAGCGGAACCAGAGCGGUUCGAUGAGAUGAUGAAGCUCUGGGAGGAGUACAAGAAGGAUGUGGGUGUUAUUGGUGUGGCGGGAGAAUACCCCGAGGCUAUCCUCGGUAGAACGGUUCCUAUUAAGGAUGAGUUUGACGAUCCGUAUGGAUGGAUCAAGUUUAUGGGAAAGCCAGAUAGGUGUAAAAAGAGAUUCAAAUAA